ACGCUUUGCUCCAUUGCUGGAAGCCAGCAGCAUCGACGGUUCGACAAACUUCGAAGCCUCCUGCGUUCGAAAACAGCCAGGCAAAGCGGGCAAAUAACAUACGCUCACAAUAUGCGUAUGCGCAUGUGGGAUGUGCAUGAGGGCGAUGCGAUGCGCAUGUCAAUAAAAACACGCUUUCGUUCACGCAGCAGGCGGAAGAAGCGCAAACGAAACCAGCCCAGCGCAACCGGGCCCUUAGGAGAAGGAAUGGGAAGGAAAAGGAACGCAAUAGCAAGUGAGUAAAAAGGAAAAAAGCAACGCAAAGAACCGAAAACCGAGAAAACAGUACUUGAAAUAUAACCAAAUCCCACAGAGCGCAUAGGAUCGUGACGGAGCGACAAGGAAGGCAACAGCGCAUACCGAAAAGGGCAGCAUCGUAGAUGAGUGAGCGGGACAGCUGCAUGUAAACAUUACACGUCGUGUAAAAACGCAUUGCGCGGUGACUACUGGCGAUGCGCGCGUGAUGAUGAACGACCCGGCAUGUCUCUCUUGUUGUUGUUGUUCGCCUUUGCGAUGCGGGAUGCGAGACGACGAGGACGAGUUUAGUUUAGAUUAGAUAAUUCGAUCAGAUGCUCGCCGUCUCACCGUUGAACGUUUGUGUGCCGGGUUGUGUGCUGCCUCUUUUGCUGCGCGCGCUAGUCGAGAGAAGCCAGACGAUCGAGUACGACACGUUUUCGCGAGGUUGCGCACCGCUGAUGCUGGAGAGAAAAGACGAUUCUAUCUGGGGGUUGUGUGAAAAGUGUUUUAGUGCUUGUUUAGUGGGUGUAUCUAGGUAUUGUCCGAUUUCGAUUGUGGUGCGAAAUGAUUUGUUGCAUCUUUUCACCAAAAUAGUGAUGAAAAUCCCUUUCGUGUGCUCAACGAUUCGCAGUAACCAAAAAAAAAGAAACGAAAUAUACAGAGAAAGUAAGAGAAGCGAAGAGAAAGAAAGAGUGAGAGAGAGGCGCAUAGAGCAAAUAAACAAACGCUAGGCGAGAUUUGAACCGGAUUGCUUGGAUGCGACGACAAAAGUGCAGUCGCGUUUUUCCUCUGGGCAUCGAUCAAUAGCAAUUCCGGAGCAUUAUUCGCUUCCUUCCGCUCACAUUCCGAUAGUGGAGACGUUUGGUUGUGUGUGUGUGUGUGUGUGUUUGUGAGUGAGUGCAACAUGCAAAUUGUUGCAACGCAUCUUGCCAUACCGAGGCUAGAUUUCAGAUAAUGGUUUCUCGCAAUGCGUUGAACUUUUGUAACAGGAUGCAGCCAAAGGUUUGUGUGGUGUAACGUGGUUUUUGUUUUCGUUCCUUCCACUGAUCGAUUUUCUUUGUGAUCGCGAUCAACGGUUUGUGGUGAAGAUUCCGUAGCCGUUCGGGAGUAGAGAAUCCCUGAAAUAAGUGUACUAACAAAACAAAUGGAUCCACUACCGCUGUGUUCAGAUAAUCCAAACUACUUUAACGAAGAUGCCGCGUCCGGUCCGGGUGAACCGCCGGAGGUGGAGCAAAAGAAGCACCGAUUCUACCACCUAAAGCGUCUGGUGACCUACUCGAAGCUGAAACGCACCGCCACAAUAGCGGACGGUCGAGUAGGGAGUACGGAGUACGCAGAUUCGCCUCCGCCCGUCCGCGGUUCCAACACGAUCUUUCGCUACCGGAGCAACAGUGCGUCAUGCACGGACGGACCGAUCCUGGAGGAUGGAGCAUCACGUCCCAUGCUGACGGCCACAUCCCCACCGGAGCUGUCACUACCAUUUGCCGGACGGUCGGGGACGUUGCCGGAGCGGCGCCGACAUUCCUUCGGGACGUCGACUCAUCAUCGCCUACAGCUACAGCCGACGCAACAGCAUCAGCAGCAUUUGGAGCACAAUGGCGGCCGCGAACUGAUGAUGAAAAAUGAAACCUCCAUCGAUGAGGUGCCCAACGCUCCGGCCCCGAAAGCACCCUGUCAGCCUGCUGGGAACACAUCCGAUUCCGGAACGCUGCUGGCGGCUGCAAUGGACGUGCUGUUCGUGACGGCGCGCCAUAGCGAACAUGGCAUGCUGUGGGUGAACCAUCUGAAGGUGUGCUUCGACAAGAUCACCAAACAGCGAGGAAGGCUCCCGUUCAAAUUCCUGCACAUCAAACUAGACGAGGAUGUCAUACAGCAAUCAACACAUGUGAUACAGCAGUGUGAAUCCACGAAGCUACAGAUCGUGGUCGUAUGUCCGGCUCUGAUGGGACUUUCCCCAUCCCUGCUUCACACGAAGCUGAAUGCACUGCUCACACCAAACCGGGUCCUUGGCAUGCUGCUAGACGUGUCCGAAUGCACAGUGAACGAGUUCGCAAAGAGCGCCCUACCGGGCUACAACCGCUGGCGGACCUGUCCGGUGCGCGAAAAGGAUACGGCGUUCGUGAGCGAGCUGCUCGGCAUUGCUACCGACAUUCUCGGCAAGGCGCUACGACAACAGACGGUCCUGCAGCGCACGCCAUCCGGUACGGAACCGAAGACGCCCACCUCACCUACCGGGCCAGCUGGUAGUAUGGUCGGCGCGAUAGGAAACACAGGCAACGGACACCGUUCCCACGAGUCGUUUGUGCUGUUUCCGCGCAAGGUUAAGGUCGGCCAGAGCAAGAUCCUGCUGAUCCUACACGAACCACUCACGAAGGAGGACUGGAUAAAGAUCAAGGUGGAAAAGGCGGACCAAACGAUCGAGAUAACGAACAUCAAGCGGCGCAAUCCCUACACCAUACAGUUUAGCGUGCCAGAGGUUUGUAUGGAGAUAUCGAUGAUGAUUAAGAUACGGCUGGAGAAGAAUAGCAUCGAUCUCGGCAGUCGGCCACUCAAGUGUGAGAGCCAGAUGCGCGAGCUCGAGCAGAUCCUGUCGUCGAAGGAUGCACCGAUGGAGUUAAUCUGCCAGUCGGUCGGUCUGUCGACGAACGAUCGGGACAAGCUUGAUCUGCUGCUGCUGAAGGCUUUCCUGCGAAACGUACCACCGAACUACAACCUGCUCAACUACGGUAGCGGAGGCGGUGAAGUUGGGAUGGGUUGCCAUCGCGACAUCUAUCCGGAAGAGUAUCCGACACUGUUGCACUUUGCCGCCCGAUGGGGCCUGGAGCGACUCUGCAUGCAGCUGAUCGAAUCACCCGGUGGGGAGAUUGCUUGCGAGAUGCGCAAUAUCAGUGGAAGGACACCGUCGGACAUUGCGGAGGUAGCUGGACACUAUAAAAUCUCGGGCGCAUUGAAGAAUUUCUCGCAAAUGAACGAACUUACCACGAUGUAUCACUACUUCAAAGGCGUUAGUGGGGCCAGUUCGGAUCAGGUAAUGAUACAACCGAAGCAGUUUGUUACUGGCGGUGGUUCAUCAAUGCCCACAGUCCGCACACAGAACAAAACGGACGCGGAGAAAAUUAUGUCCCAUGUGCAUGCACUCAAACAAGCGGAGGGUUACAUCGACAUGAGUUCUGCCAACGGGUCCGAUCAGGUGGACGGUACCGGAGCUAGUGUUGCUAACAUACACUAUUUGAAUGAUCGACCGGUGGCCGAACUGACACCGCCUGGACCGGACGAGAAAGAUGUGUGUGGGGAAAAUGAGCACAAUUUCGAUGUGGCCCGAGACACCGAUAGACGCUGCAAUGGGUCACAGCGGUCGAUGGAAUCAUCCGAACGUUCCAAGUACGACAUCUUCAGCAAUGAGUGUUCGGAUCUGUUGGAAAACUGUGAGGCCGGAUCAACCGCAUCGGCGGAGUGCGUUGGCAGCGGUGACUAUAUGCUACAACCGUCGAACGCACCCUUUACGCCUUCCGAACACACACCAACGCCACCACCACCGCCCCUACCAACCACAGCGGAACCGAUGGGCGAUUACAUGAUACAACCGUCCAACAUUCCGGUGCACCCGUACUGCAACGUGCCGGAAGUGGUCGAUCGAACCGAACGCCCCGAAUCAGCAUCACACGUGCGUCUAAGCUUCCGCAAAGAGGAACCGACCGAGGAUACGUACGGGACAACGACGGCUGGCUUACCGCGACGCCGAAACACGUCCAGUUCCGAGGGUCGCAGCGUCGACGACGAGCUGCUGGAGAUCAUAUCCGACUUUAAGAACAACGUAUUCUCGAUACAGGAAGUGGAGCAGCUGGUAACGUUGUGGAAAAACCGCAACGAUGUACAGAAAAGCUUCCGCGAAAAGCAGGACCAGCUGCAGCGAAUGCGCGAACAUUACGAGCAAAUACAGAAGGAGCUGAAGGACAAACUGAAGCGUCCGACACCGUUCGAGCGAAUGAGAAGCUUCUUCUCGCGCACGAAACCCUCCACCAUGGCGGGCAAAUCGGGAUCCAAACAUCGGGCAGAGAACGGAGCGGCAGCGGUGGCAGGUAACGGCACCGGGGCAAACGAACCUACCGGCACUGAUGUGUGCGAUGAGAUUAAGUUCUCGAUGGCCGGCGGUGGUAAUGGAGGGUACGCGGUGGUACGACCACAAAGCCUCUCGCUCAGUAUGAACAGUAUGGGAAGCGAUAAUUCCGAACAGAGCAGCGGACGGAUAUCGUCCAGAGCGGUACACACACCAACGGAGCCCGGCACCGAGCGUCGGCUUUCGCACAGCAAAUCUUGGCCGAAGGGGACGCCCGAAAACGAAAACUACAUGAUACCACCGUCACCGCGGCCCAUCAGCGAAGAAUUGCACCUGGUGCGGGGUGUACGGUUGGGUAGCGGUACGCUCGUCGGCGCUCUCAAUCGCUGCAGCAACGGUAGCUGUUCCAGUACCGCCAGCAGCCACAGCAACCACAGCAGCCAUAGCACCAGUAGCAGUGGCAGCAGUGCGGGCUCGUGGACUGGUGCCGGAGCGAAGCAAGAAUCCCACUACGUAAUGUAUCCUUCGAAUGUGCCGGUGUACGGGAGUGCCGCUGAGUACAUGAACGUACCGUCAGCAUCCGGAGCGCACACCAAAGAUGAUGAGCGUAGCGUCACGACGACACCGACACGACCAAAGCUUGGCCGAACGCCGAGCGAUACCGGUACGCCGCACCUCGUCACCUUCCAGUCCAUAAUGGAGUGUAACGAAAGUGCCGACAGUGUCGAAAGCGUCACCUAGGCCUGUUCGGUCUAAAACCAAGCAGCGCACUAAUAGGCUGCGGUUGUGGGCGUUCCGACAGCAAUGUUUUUGGGUGUGAGGUUUCCAGUCUCAUCGUCACCGUCACCAAAUAUCCAAAGGUUAAUAGAAAUGAUAGGCAUACUCGGUGUACGGUCGGUCGGCUGCAGUCAGUCAGAGGAAAGUGGGAAGAAAACAAAACGUAUCAAUAAAGAAAGAUGUGUACCGGUAUGUACCGAAAUGGCA